AUGAAGGGCCUCGUGAUCUCCGCCGUCAUGGCCGCAAUUUGGUCCAUGGCCGAGGGAAUGCCAGCCGUGGACGCGCAAGGCGAACUUGAAGCACGGCAGGGUUUCAGCCAAUUUUUGCUCAGUUGUCAUCCCGACUACGAGCAAGACUGCCUGGGCCCUUGCGCCACAUACUGUGAUCGUUUUGGGGACGUCAAGAGCAACUGCAAUAUCUGCCGGAGAGCCGCGUGCACCUGCGACCCAUUGCUGAUGGGCUGUAGACCAUACCCCGACCUCAUCUGUGCUAAAGGGUCGGAGGAUGCUGCGGGAGAAGAUGCGGAAGGGGUGGUGAAAUCCGAAAAAUCGUGGCCGGCGGAAAUCGAGGCAGGAGAGCCGGCUGAGAUUGAUACGGUCGAUUUUGAUCUGACAGAGGCUACUUAA